AUGAAGCGGCCGCCAAUCCAAUGGACGCCAAACGCCGAUAUCUAUGGCGCGCCUCUCAGUCUCAUCUCGAGCCGAGACACGUCCGAGCUGGCAUCCUCACACCCUUCCAUUCAAAUUGUUCAGGAGACCGACAGUAUUCGGCGCAUUCCUCGAGGUGCAACGGUUCCCAAGUCCUCGCUGCAGGACGACUGCCCAAAUACACCCAAGCACUUGUCUGCUAUUUCUGUUGAUAUAAUAGACUCACGUGAGGCUUUGAGUGGCCACCUCUCUGCUAAUACUCGCAGUCUGACCUCGUCGACGGUCGACAUCCCGCCUCACCCCCUGGCGCAUCCUCCGUCUCCUCCCAUGACCAUCCAGCAUCCUGGAUCUUUUGGUUCCUUUGCCUCACCGAUGGACAAGGUGCAGUUCCAGGCCAAACCUCUUACACCUGACACUUCUCCAAGACGCCGAGAUGUGGAGAUCACCGGCACACAGCCAAGAAAUAUGCCGAACUUCUCAAGCAACGUACUCGCCAAUUCCGAGACCCAGCGACAGAUCCCGAACCCAAUCAACACGAGUGGCCCUGAUCAUGUUCCAUUUAUUCUUGCGUGUGAAUCUCAAGUUCUUGCUCAGCAACUGACGUUGGUUGAGGUGGCCGCUCUAAGUGAGGUUGAUUGGCGCGACCUGGUCGAGAUGAAGUGGAACAGCAGUGCCCAGUGUGUUGUCAGCUGGGCCCAGUUCCUCACUACAGAGGAACGUAAGGGCAUCGAUCUUGUCGUUGGUCGAUUCAACCUUAUGGUCAAAUGGGUUGUGUCCGAGAUCAUCUUGACUCAAGAUAUCCACGAGCGAGCGCGCACCCUGGUCAAAUUCAUCCACACAGCAGUGCAUGCACGCCGUAUGUGCAAUUAUGCCACGAUGCUGCAAAUUGCGAUCGCCUUGUCUUCUUCCGAUUGCUCUCGGCUGCAAAGAACAUGGGAACUGAUCCCUGUGGAAGACCAACGUCUAUUCAAGGACAUGGAGUGCUUGAUUCAGCCGGUGCGCAACUUCAAUGACCUUCGGGUCGAAAUGGAGACAGCCAACCUACAAGAGGGCUGUAUUCCUUUCAUUGGUCUGUAUGUGCACGAUCUCACCUAUAACGCCCAGAAACCAGCGCAAAUCAAGAGCAGCGAGGGAGGAAUGCUCGUCAACUUUGAACGUUAUCGCACUGCUGCGCGCAUUGUCAAGAGCCUGCUCCGUCUGAUUGAUGCCAGCACAAAGUAUCGAUUUGAGCCCGUGCAGGGUAUCAUCGAGCGCUGUUUGUGGAUUGCAUCCCUUUCCGAGGACGAAAUCCAAGCUCGAAGCAAGCGGCUUGAAUAA